AUGAACUUCCUGAACACCUCCAGUUCGCAAGAUGUUGUCUUGUCGCAGCGUGCCUCUCGUCAAGCCGAUCAGAUGGCAGCCGUCAAGGGCCUAGAGAACACCAUUGCUAGGUUCCAGGCGAUCUUGACCGAUGAUGACCGAAAGAAUCUGCAGCAGUUGAAAACCGAGCCCCACGAUGCGCAAUCCAUCAUCAUGUUUACGGCAAGCCUUGACAGGUUCGAUCCAAAGCGCAGAGGCAAAAGUGUCGCCUCCAGGCUGGCCUCAUUCCUGCAGACGAUUGAGCAGUUCACUCCUAUCGUCGAUACCUACAUCCAGCCCAAUCCUGAGAUUGCGGCGCUGGUCUGGGGGUCUGUUAAGCUCACCUUCCAGCUACUCGCCAACUUGACAUCCUACUUUCAGUCCUUUGUCGAGCUACUGUCUGGCUUUGGUUCCCUAUAUUGUGCUGGUGACACACCGGCUAAUGAAAUCACAAGCAUGGAUGGCUAUUACUUAAUCUUUCCAAACGAAGAGCAUCAGUUGCAAGCCAAGGCACGGCAGAAGGCAGAAGAGAGUCACGGCCGCAUCUCUUCCUUGUUGACAAAGGAUAGGUCAGAAAUGAGACUCAUUGGCGAGCACGGAACAAGAGGGACUGCAGAACAACGCCGGCGUCGUCUUCUCAAAGACCUCUCAUCGCAUAACUAUACAUCCGCAUUCAAUAAUGCUCGUAACAAGCGUCAUCUCGGAACUGCUGAGUGGGCGUUCAACACCGACCAGUUCCAGAACUGGCUCACAGGUGACGGACCAGUAGUUCUUCAUGUGACAGGGAAAAUUGGAUCUGGAAAGACAAUAUUGGCGUCUUCAAUCGUUGAACACUUAUGUCAGAUCAGACAACCCAAUCAGUUCAUCUCAUUUUUCUUCUCUAGAUUCGACAAUCCGACAACAUUGGUUUCUGAUACUAUCAUUCGCUCACUGGUCCAACAAUUGCUAUCCAUGGCUCCCAUGGAAACGAUGAACGCAACUCUCGCAUCCAAGAUCGCCGACUGUCUUCAGAACGCCCAGGACAACUUUUUCUCGCUCGACACUCUUGGGAAGCUCUAUGAGACGGCUUCCAAGUUCACACAGGACUGGUUUAUCCUUAUCGACGGUGUGGAUGAGUGCGAAUCCGAGCAACAGCGGUUACUAUAUGACUUCUUAUCUCGCUUCCUUAACAAUUGUUCAGGGCCACAGCGAAUUAGGAUCCUAUUCUCGAGUCGAGAAACGACAAAACAAGAGAUCGAGAGGUCAUUUGGUUCCCUGGCUCGAGGAGAGUUGGUCGUGAGAGAUGAGGACAUUAUUGGUGAUAUUCUCGACGCAAUUGCAUCCAAGGAGGAAGGAAUGUUCCUGUGGGCAUUUCUGGCCAUCGAAGACAUUUGUUCUGGAACGAACGACAGAGAGAUUAGAGAGUCGAUUCAAGAGAUCCCGACAGACCUUCCAACAACGUUUGACCGUGCAUUGAAUCGAAUUGCAAAACGUCGCAACCAAAAAAUUGCCAGCGAAAUAUUUGGGUGGACCACAGCUGCUCGUCAGCCAUUGACCCUUACCCAACUCCAGGAGGCCCUCUCCGUCAAGGUUGGCCAACACAACUUGCAUCCAGAUGGCCUGAUCAGCGGUAUGGAUCGUAUCACCGUCUGGUGCGAGAAUCUGGUGUGUGUUGAGGAGACGGACAACACAGUCCAUUUCAGUCAUCAUUCGAUCCGGGAAUACCUUCUCAAGCCCGAAUCCGGCGACCUGAAAGAUUUCCAUGUUAAUCUUGAAGAGUUUGACCACCAUGUUGGUGAAGUCUGUAUCACAUAUCUCCAUCUCGAGAACCUCAAGACAGCGCUCAUUGAGGGCGAAAAGGCCGAGCCCCCCCCUACCGUCACAGUCACGAUGGAAGGAUUGAGCGAGCAGACAGUUCGAACAGCAGUUGGUGGAAGUAUGGGCGCCCGAGUAGGUCGCUGGACAAGCCGUGUCGUCAAGUCGACCUCACGCUCCGCCCAGCCCUCAGCAGGGGGUGUCGCAAUCCACUCGACUCUCGGGAGCCUUCGCUAUGCGCCUCCGGCUUCGAAAGGGAUUGAACUUCUGGAUUUCUGCAAGCUCAUACCGACGGGCUACGUCGCGCAAGAUGACAUGUGUAUUCGAGACUUUGCCCUCGUGGCUUUGUCCGCCGUUACCAAGCCGCAGUGGUUUCGUCUUCCAGGCUUACAGAAUGAAUCUAGCAGUCUUCUCACUGCGAGGACAAGCAAUAAGAUGUCCAUUGUCGAUAUUGCGGCAGAACAAAACGACGAGGAAAGCCUCGGCUUUUUACGGUCAUUCUUCAAACCCCGAUGCUUCCAACAAGGCGAACUCUUUGAGGCAGCUAAAGACCAUGGCGAGAUGGAGAAACUAGCGCUGGGCGGUUUCUGCACUGCUUUACGGAACGGCUCGAGCGAGAGCGCAAAGUUCCUGUUCGAACAAUGCGUUGAUCUAUUCAGCUCCGAACAGGCAGACCAGUUCGAACAACUGGACAUUAUUAAUCUCCAUCUAGCACUAUCCCAAGCAGCCGUGUUUGAAUGGCCGUUUGACACCACCAAGAAUAUUUUGUUCUGGUUUUUCAGCGCCUUGGUGGUAAAGCGGAAUAUGGAAGCAGCAAUGAACCAUCUCAUCGAAGAAUCGAUCAAGGCCGACAAUUGGAAAUUUGCCGCUGCGGUAGUCGACACGGUUUCAGACCUGGAAUUCGAGAGGACCGAGAGCGACGAUCCUUUCUUCAAGAUGACUCUGGACUCGUUAAACUGUCAGCGAUGCCGGGGGAGACAAUCCUGGCCCGAACCCAUGGACACGCCGCUUUUGUUUGCUGACCAGCGGUACAAGUUGUGCUCCAAGCACAAGAGACACACUUGA